CUGUGGUCAUAUGACGGGCGCCGAAACGUAAGGCGCCUGCUCCCCAGUUUCAUUUCAUCAAAGGGUGCUCGCAUAUUGUUGAAGAUGUCCGGAUCAGCUGAUCGAGAAGCCGUGUUUCCCACCCGACAAUCGCUGGGCCUGAUGAAAGGCAAGCUGAAGGGUGCGGAACAAGGCCACAGUCUUCUGAAACGCAAAAGUGAAGCAUUGACAAAGCGAUUCCGAGACAUUACGCGGCGAAUCGAUGAAGCCAAACGGAAAAUGGGCCGUGUGAUGCAAAUCGCGGCUUUCUCCCUCGCUGAGGUGUCGUACGCGGUUGGCGGUGAUAUCGGCUUUCAGAUUCAGGAGUCCGCCAAGCAGGCCCGCUUUCGGGUUCGAACAAAGCAAGAAAACGUCUCGGGCGUCCUUUUGCCACAAUUUGAAAGUGUUACUGCGGAAGGAAGCAACGAUUUCGGUUUGACUGGCCUUGGCAAGGGAGGCCAGCAGGUACAAAGAUGUCGUGAGACGUACGCGAGGGCAGUGGAGACGCUCGUGGAGCUUGCGAGUCUACAGACUGCAUUCGUAAUCUUAGACGAAGUGAUUAAGGUGGUAAACAGAAGAGUGAAUGCAAUUGAGCAUGUCAUUAUCCCUCGAACUGAGAACACAAUCAAAUACAUCAACUCAGAGCUGGAUGAGCUCGACCGAGAGGAAUUCUACCGGUUAAAAAAGGUUUCGAACAAGAAGCAAAGAGACACAGCUGCAUUGGAUGCAGAGAUCAAAGCAAGGCGGGACAAAGCGGAAGGGGCUGCCGGAAAGGAGUCUCCCAGUAACAAUGGCCCUGCAGACCUAUUGGCGCAGGAAGAGGAUGAAGAUGUGAUUUUUUAGGCCAUUGAAAUUAUAUUUCACAUGAUAAUUCCAGAUGUAUAGCUAGUACACAACCGGGCGCUUUGUAUUGACUACUGUGGAACUCAAUGCUAACUUGGCUACUGAAUCCA